AUGCAGGCUCUCAACACUCCUUCAUACGGGCCGCCGUCUGGCUAUCAGAUUUCCGAGCUCCCCAAACCAGAGCUCGAGAAUGCGGACGAUGUGAUUAUCAAAGUUCACGCUGCUAGCAUUAAUCCCAUCGACGUGAAAAAGGCUUCUGGCAUGCUCAAACUUGCCACGAAAGACUCAUUUCCGUAUAAAAUCGGUUACGAUUGCGCGGGCGUAGUGACUAAGACCGGUGUCGGCGCGAGUCGACUUAAAGUCGGAGAUGAAGUAUAUACAAGGUUGCCGGAGUACUGUCGAGGGUCUUGUGCUGAAUUUGUGCGCUGCCCAGAACAUUCUGUUGGUCUCAAGCCGCCCUCAUUAUCCUGGGAGCAAGCUGCUUCUAUUCCCUUGGCUGCUAUGACAGCCCUGCAGGCACUGAAGAAAUACGACGGUGAUCUUGCAGGGAAGACUGUCUUUAUACCAGCUGGCCUGAGCGGAACAGGGUUAUUCGCAUGCCAGCUAGCGAAGCAUGUAUUUCGAGCCGGCAAGGUGAUAACGACUGUAUCAACAUCAAAAAUACCCAAAGUACCGGAGCUUCUGGGUGAGGGAACGGUCGAUGAGAGUAGGGACAAUUAUAUCAAUGGUGAUACUGGAUUGACCGCUAAUAAUAAUUCUAUCGCAGUUAUUGACUACACCAAGACCGAUCCAAGAUCGGCCAUUGAAUCUGGCUCCGUCGACUUUUUAUUCGACACCGUUGGUCAAGCCAUGGACUUCCUCGUCCUGAUGCGACCGAAUACCAGUCGCAUUGUGUCUGUGUCUACAAUGCCAUCGGGGGACCAGCUCCAGAAUUCUUCAAUGAUGGAGCUCCCUCACAAGCCCACUGUGCCACUGCCUUUCCGGCUGGUCUUAAAUGGCCUUGAUUACGUUCGCCAGCUGCGUGCGUGGCGAUAUGGGACACAUUAUUCUUACUUUUUCCUAGAGUCUUCUGUUGAUGAUCUCGAUGAAUUGCGGAAAUAUGUUGAAGAGGGUAAACUGAAAACCGUUGUGGGGACGAGUGUUGACCUGCGAGACAUCGAGGCGGUUCGCAAUGCUUGUCAGGUCGUGUACGAUGGCAAGGGUGGCCUUGCCGAAAUCGAAGAAACAAUGAAUACAGGUUCUACACAUCGUCCUUCAAGCUCAGUGGAGCAGGACGAUGGAUCGAUUGCUAGUUCUGGAGAAACAAUGAGUCUCCAGGGCCAAAGUAGUCUGCAAAUUACCGACUCUCUAGACUUUGAGCUUGGGUGGAUGAGACUUUUCCCUGUAGUAGAAACAGAAUUGCCGCAAAAAUCUUUGAGUGAAUUGUACCGCAUUUUUUUCAGAGACAUUCAUCCCACUUUCCCAAUCCUUCAUGCUCCAAGGUACUUCCACAGGCUACAUCUACAAAAAGUCGACGAUGGUAUCCAAUGUCUGCAAUACAUCAUAUGGAGCCAUGCAGCUAGUUUUAGUGAAAGUUUCUCACACAUGCGAGAUAAAUUCUACGAGCAGGCGAGACGCUAUGCAUGCGCGAAUGAAAUGAACGACACAGUGGGAAUUUCUCUUUUACAGUGCCAGGUUCUGGCCUUAAUCAGCUAUUACGAAUACAAACACGCCAUUUUCCCUCGGGCAUGGUUAACCGCAGGAAAAGCUAUGAGGCUUGCGCAUGUUCUGAAUCUGCACCGUAUGGACUCCCGGGUACACUGCAAUUCCACUCUCGGCGAUUCAAGUGAGUGGAUUGAGAUGGAAGAACGGCGUCGAGCGUUCUGGUCGGCAUUCUGUCUGGAUAGUUACGCUGGCUUUGGUGGUGGAUUUUUAUCAAUGACUGACGAGAGUGAUAUCUCGACAUACUUACCAUCCGAAGACGAGGCAUUCGAAAAGGACACGGUUCCCCAAAAUUCCUCGCAUACGCUUGCAAAUGCUCUUCAAUUAGAAAAUUGUCAAACUCUAUCGCCUUUUGGAAGCGUAGUGGUUCUCUCGUGGCUCGCUGCGCGGACGGCCGACCAUCUACGCACCCAAGACGACCGGAAAUACUGGGAAACCUAUCACCUGAUUGAUACACAGUUGCUGCAGAUUAGUUUAUGUCUGCCAGGCCACCUGAAAUUACCCAUUGGAAUCCAUCAGCCCAAUGCCGUCUUGACGAAUAUGUUGUUGCAUGCAUUAACAGUGUCUUUACACCAGGAUGCUGCUGUCAAGGCUACUAAUGAUCCUCUUAAAAGGCAUUUGGCAUGGGAAAGCAACAUGAGAUGUUUGACUUCGGCUUUGGAAAUUGCGAAUAUCGUGAAACAAGUGACGGAGGUCAAUUUGGCAGUAAUACACGUUGUCACGCCAUUCUCCAUCUUUGUAGCAUUGAGGUAUCUAAUGACUCAACCUGGACCGGAAUCCAAACAGACUUGCCAGUUCCUGAUGAAUGUCCUGGGAUCCUGUGCUACCAAGCAGAACAACGUUCUAGCUGGAUUUUUUCUGAAUGCUAGGGUUCUACAAUUGGAAGGGCAAGCUGAUAGUCAACUUGCGGGGAGAUAUCUCCCGGCUCCAAAACUUCUAAGUUAUUCUACCAUGGGAAUAUUUUCUUAUACAAAACCGUCCUUUACGGACAAGGAGCUUUCCGACCAACGCGGAAAAGUAUUUAUUGUGACUGGUGCCACGAGCGGUAUUGGUGAACUUUUGGUGGACAUUCUAUACUCGAAAAAUGCCAAAGUCUAUAUUGCUGCGCGAUCCGCAGAUAAAGCCGACAAGACUAUUCAAAACUUGCAGACAAAACACCCGUCUUCUCAAGGAGAACUUAUAUUUCUUCAUCUCGAUCUCGAAGAUCUCUCGACCAUAAAGAAUUCCGCUGAAGAGUUUCUCAAAAAGGAAAAUAAACUGAAUGUGCUCUGGAACAAUGCCGGAGUCAUGGUUCCUCCGCAGGGCAGCAAGUCCAAACAGGGCUACGAGUUACAGCUCGGAACCAAUAACCUCGCACCUUUCCUCUUUACAAAACUACUCACGCCUGUUCUCUCGAAAACCGCCAAAGUCGAACCAAUCGGCAGCGUCCGAGUUGUCUGGGUAGCCUCAUCCGCAGCCAGGAAUUUCGCGCCGCGCGGUGGAAUCGUGAUGGACAACUUGGACUACAACAAGGACCAAAGCGCAUGGCACAAAUACGGUGUUAGCAAGUCUGGAAACAUUUUUCAAGCAGCAGAAUACACCCGGCGCUUCGAGAACGAAAAUAUACUUAGCGUGUCGCUGGAUCCGGGGAACCUGAGAACUCCGCUUUACAACACUACGCCGAAGUGGCAAAUGCCCUUUAUCAAUCUCGUUUUAAAGGAUCCUAUAAAUGGAGCGUAUACAGAGUUAUAUGCUGGGUUUUCCCCCGAAGUGCAGAUGAAACACGGUGGUCGGUUCAUUCAGCCGUUUGGACAUAUCGGUUACACCCGUUCUGAUAUUGAAACAUCACGGAAAAAAAAGUCUGAAGGGGGUAAUGGAAUUGCAGAAGAGUUCUAUGACUGGACUGAACAGCAAGUAGCACCUUUCCUGUAA